GAACCCUGUUCUUCUGGAGGAUCUUGGACUCAAAGGAAGCAUCAGGAGCGAUCUGGUGAACACGGUGUGGACCCUCAGAUGAGUGACCAUGUCAGACCGGAGCGCCCCGGGCUGCCGGCUCAGACUGGACUGGGUCUAUGGGUACCGGGGCCACCAGUGCCGCAAUAACCUGUACUACACGGCCGGGAAGGAGGUGGUGUACUUCGUGGCCGGGGUCGGCGUGGUUUACAACACCAGAGAGCACAGCCAGAGGUUUUACCUGGGACACAACGAUGACAUCAUCAGCCUGGCGUUGCACCCGGAGCGCUCCCUGGUGGCGACGGGUCAGGUGGGGAAGGAUCCCUACGUGUGUGUGUGGGACUCCUUCACCGCCCAGACUGUGUCCCUGCUCCGUGACGGACACACGCACGGCAUCGCCUGCCUCGCCUUCAGUGCUGACGGACAGCGGUUAGCCUCGAUCGGCCUGGAUGCCAAGAACACAGUGUGUAUCUGGGAGUGGAAGCGAGGGAAGAUCCUGGCUACAGCCACCGGACACUCGGACAGGAUCUUCGACGUCUGCUGGGAUCCGUUUCAACAUCACCGUCUUGUGAGCUGCGGAGUCAAACACAUCAAGUUCUGGUCUCUGUGUGGAAACUCUCUCACCGCGAAGCGAGGGAUUUUCGGGAAGACAGGCGACCUGCAGACCAUCCUGUGCGUGGCGUCUGCUAAAGAUGACCUCACGUACUCCGGGGCGCUCAACGGGGACAUCUACGUCUGGAAGGGACUCAGCCUGAUUCGAACCGUCCAGGCGGCUCACGGGGCCGGAAUCUUCAGCAUGUAUUUCUGUGAGGAGGGUUUUGCCACAGGAGGCAGAGACGGCUGCAUCCGAUUGUGGGAUGUCGACUUUAAACCAAUCACCAAGAUCGACCUGCGAGAGGCGGAGCAAGGCUACAAAGAUCUGUCUAUUCGCAGCGUCUGCUGGAGAGCCGACCGGAUCCUGGCAGGAACUCAGGACAGCGAGAUCUUUGAGGUGAUGGUGAGGGACCGGGACAAGCCGCUGCUGAUCAUGCAGGGACACAGCGAGGGCGAGCUCUGGGCGCUGGACGUUCACCCCAAGAAACCUCUGGCUGUCACCGGCAGUGACGACCGCUCCGUCAGGUUGUGGAGUUUGGUGGAUCAUACACUUAUCGCUCGCUGUAACAUGGAGGAGGCGGUGAGGAGUGUGGCGUUCAGCGUGGACGGAUCCCAGCUGGCUCUGGGUAUGAAGGACGGAUCCUUCACUGUGCUGAGAGUCAGAGACAUGACGGAGGUGGUUCACAUCAAAGACAGGAAGGAGGUGAUACACGAGAUGAAGUUCUCUCCAGACGGAGCGUACAUCGCUGUCGGCUCCAACGACGGACUGGUGGACAUCUACGCUGUCGCUCAGAGAUACAAGAAGGUGGGAGAAUGCUGUAAAUCCUCCAGUUUCAUAACUCACCUGGACUGGUCUCUGGACAGCAAGAUCCUGCAGAGCAACGACGGAGCUGGAGAGCGACUCUUCUACCGGAUGCCGAUGGGGAAGCACAUUGUCAGUAAGGAGGAGGUCAAAGGUCAACGCUGGGCGUCGUGGAGUGGCGUCCUGGGCUCAGAGGUCUGUGGCAUCUGGCCUAAAUACUCAGAUCUAACCCAGAUCAACGCCGUGGACGCCAAUCACUCUGCUGCCGUGCUGGUGGCCGGAGACGACCUCGGCCUCGUGAAGCUCUUCCGCUUCCCCUCUCUGAAGAAAGGAGCCAAAUUCAAGAAGUACAUCGGCCACUCUGCCCAUGUGACCAACGUUCGCUGGUCACAUGACCUGCAGUGGGUGCUGACCACAGGUGGGGCUGACCACGCCCUCUUCCAGUGGAGGUUCCUGCCCGAGUCCGUGAUGAACGGAGGACAGGACGUCAACAUACAAGACUCUCAUGGAGACUCCAACAGCGAGGAGUCGGACAGCGACGUGUCGGACGUCCCGGAGCUCGACUCGGACAUCGAGCAGGAAUCUCAGAUCCACUAUGACCGACAGGUGUACAAGGAGGACCUGCCUCAGUUGCGGCAGCAGAGCAGAGAGAAGAAGCAGCAGGUCGGAUCUCUGAAGAGGCAGCGAGGACCGGACCAGGGCCUCCGGCUGCAGUUUGUUCACGGGUACCGUGGUUAUGACUGCAGGAACAACUUGUUCUACACUCAGGGUGGAGAGGUGCUGUAUCAUGUGGCGGCGGUGGGCGUGGUCUACAACCGGCAGCUGCACAGCCAGCGCUUCUACCUCGGCCACGACGACGACAUCCUCAGCCUCAGCAUCCACCCGCUGAAGGACUACGCUGCUACAGGACAGGUGGGACGGGAUCCAGCCGUCCAUGUGUGGGACAUCCAGACCAUGAAGUGCCUCUCGUUACUGAAGGGAUUUCACCAGAGAGGAGUGUGUGCUCUGGACUUCUCAGCUGAUGGGAAGACCCUGGUCUCGGUGGGAGUCGAUGACCGUCACUCGAUCGUCGUCUGGGACUGGAAGAGAGGAGAGAAACUCGCCACUGCCAGGGGUCAUAAGGAGAAGAUAUUUGUGGUGAAGUGUAAUCCCCUGGUGAUGGACAAACUGGUCACCGUGGGAAUCAAACACAUCAAGUUCUGGCAGCACGCAGGUGGCGGUCUGACCUCCAGGCGUGGUGUGUUCAGGAGCAUCAGUCGGCUGGAGACCAUGAUGUCGGUGUGCUACGGCCGCACCGAGGCGCUGGUGUUCACCGGAGCCGCCACCGGAGACGUUUACAUCUGGAAGGAGCCGCUGCUGAUGAAAACUGUCAAAGCUCACGAUGGACCAGUGUUCGCCAUGUUCUCCCUGGACAAGGGCUUCGUGACCGGCGGGAAGGACGGCGUGGUGGAGCUGUGGGACGACAUGUUUGAUCGCUGCCUGAAGACCUACGCCAUCAAGAGAGCGUCUCUGUCUCCAGGCUCCAAAGGCCUGCUGCUGGAGGACAACCCUUCCAUCAGAGCCAUCACUCUGGGUCAUGGUCACAUCCUGGUAGGAACCAAAAAUGGAGAAGUUCUAGAGAUUGACAAGACUGGACCCAUGACUCUGCUGGUGCAGGGUCACAUGGAGGGUGAAGUCUGGGGUCUGGCCCCCCACCCUCUCCUCCAGAUCUGUGCCACCGUCAGCGAUGAUAAAACCCUGCGUCUGUGGGAGACGUCAGCCAAUCACCGCAUGGUCGCCGUCCGCAAGCUGAAGAGAGGUGGCCGCUGCUGCGUCUUCUCCCCCGAUGGCAAGGCGUUGGCGGUCGGUCUGAGUGAUGGCGGCGUCCUGGUGGUGAACGCUGACACGCUGGAGGAUCUGUUGAGCUUCCACCAUCGCCGUGAUGCCAUCUCUGACAUCCGCUUCACCCCAGACUCUGGAAAGUUCCUGGCAGUGGCGUCGCACGACAGCUUCGUGGACAUCUACAACGUGCAGAGCAGUAAGAGAGUGGGGGUCUGUAAAGGAGCGUCCAGCUACAUCACACACCUCGACUGGGACGCUCGAGGUAAACUGCUGCAGGUCAACACAGGAGCUAAAGAGCAGCUUUUCUUCGAAGCCCCAAGAGGAAGAAGACAAACAAUCAAGAACACUGAGUUGGAGCGGAUGGACUGGUCCAGCUGGACGUGCGUUCUGGGUUCAAGCUGUGAGGGAAUCUGGCCGACGCACAGUGACAUCACCGACGUGAACGCCGCGUCGCUCACCAGAGACCGAACCCUGCUCGCCACCGGAGACGACUUCGGCUUCCUCAAGCUGUUCAGCUACCCCGUCAGAGGUCAGUACGCUCGUUUUAAGCGCUACGUAGGCCACAGCGCUCAGGUGACCAACGUCCGCUGGGCUCAGGAUGACUCCACCCUACUGACCGUGGGCGGGGCUGACACCGCCCUGAUGAUCUGGGCGAGGGAACGAGGAGGCGGGGUCCCUGGGGACGGGGAGGGGCCUCUGUUACGCGACAACCGACCCCUCGUGGACAGCGAGGAGUCGGACGACGACACCGAGGAGGAUGGAGGCUACGACAGCGACGUGGCCCGAGAGAAGACGGUGGAUUACAGCACCAAGAUUUACGCCGUCAGCCUCCGAGAGAUGAGAGGAACCAAACCUCAUCAACAGCUGAAGGAGCUGUCUGCUGAGGAGAGGCCGCCGGUGAGUCGAGCGGCGCCGCAGCCGGAGAAACUCCAGAAGAACAACGUGUCCAAGAAGAAGAGACUAGUGGAGGACCUGGUCUUGGAUCACGUGUUUGGUUUUCGAGGCUUUGAUUGUCGUAACAACCUGCACUACCUCAACGACGGCUCGGAGAUCGUCUAUCACACCGCCGCCACGGCCAUCGUCCACAGCCUCACCACCGGAACUCAGAGUUUCUACCUGGAACACACUGACGACAUCCUCUGUCUGACCGUCAACCAGCACCCGAAAUACAAAAACGUCAUCGCCACCGGACAGAUCGGUGACGUCAGUGAACUCCCAGGCGCCACACCAACCAUCCACGUGUGGGACGCCAUGAGCAAACAGACCCUCUCCAUCCUGCGCUGUCCUCACGCUAAAGGCGUCGGCUACGUGAACUUCAGCGCCACGGGGAAGCUGCUGCUGUCUGUCGGCGUGGAACCUGAACACACCAUCACUGUGUGGCGCUGGCAGGAAGGAUCCAAGGUGUGCAGUAAAGGCGGACACCCGGACCGGAUCUUCGUGGUGGAGUUUCGGCCGGACUCGGACUCCCAGUUCGUGUCAGUGGGAAUCAAACAUGUGAAGUUCUGGACGCUGGCCGGUGGUGCUCUGAUGUACAAAAAGGGCGUGGUGGGGACCGUGGAGGACGGCAGGAUGCAGACGAUGCUGUCCGUUGCCUUCGGAGCCAAUAACCUGACGUUCACCGGAGCCAUUAACGGGGAUGUGUAUGUGUGGCGGGACCACUACCUGCUGAGGGUGGUGGCGAAGGCUCACACCGGGCCCGUCUUCACCAUGUACACCACGCUGAGGGACGGCCUCAUCGUCACCGGUGGCAAGGAGAGGCCGACGAAGGAGGGCGGGGCCGUGAAGCUCUGGGAUCAGGAGAUGAAGCGCUGUCGAGCGUUCCAGCUGGAGACGGGACAGCAGGUGGAGUGUGUCCGGUCCGUCUGCCGAGGAAAAGGGAAGAUCCUGGUUGGGACGAAGGACGGGGAGGUCAUCGAGGUCGGGGAGAAGAACGCGGCGUCCAACCUGCUACUGGACAGUCACGCUCGGGGGGGAAUCUGGGGUCUGACCAAUCACCCUGUUAAAGACCUCUGCGUCACCGCCAGUGACGACGCCACCAUCAGACUCUGGGACCUCACGGACAAGAAACUGUUGAGCAAGGUGUGUGUCGGCCACGCUGCUCGCUGUGUGACCUACAGUUCAGAUGGAGAGAUGCUGGCAGUGGGGAUGAAGAACGGCGAGUUCCUCAUCCUCCUCGCCAACACGCUCAAGAUGUGGGCGAAGAAACGAGAUCGCAGCGUCACCAUCCAGGACAUCCGGUUCAGUCCGGACCGGCAGCUGUUGGCCGUCGGUUCUGUGGACAACACGGUGGAUGUGUACGAUGUGAGCAGCGGACCGAGUCUGAACCGACUGGUUUACUGCAGCGACAUCCCUGCUUUCAUCCUGCAGCUCGACUUUUCUGCUGACAGCUGCUACAUACAAGUGUCCACAGGCGUUUAUAAGCGGCAGGUUUUCGAGGUUCCUUCAGGGAAGUUGAUAAACGACCAAAUCAUCAUUGACAGAAUCACGUGGGCGACCUGGACCAGUAUUCUGGGAGAUGAGGUUUUGGGGAUUUGGCCUCGAAACUCAGACAAAGCCGACGUGAACUGUGCCUGCGUCUCUCACGCCGGCAUGAACAUCGCCACCGGAGACGACUUCGGAUUGGUCAAACUGUUCGACUUCCCCUGCACAGAGAAGUUUGCCAAACACAAGCGCUACCUCGGCCACUCGGCUCAUGUGACCAACAUCCGCUUCUCUCACGACGACAAAUACGUGAUCAGCACAGGAGGAGACGACUGCAGUGUGUUCGUGUGGAAAUGUCUGUGAACGCACAGAUUUCUGCCGUCCGCAGACGCUUUGAUCCAAAGCACCUUGACAGCACCACAAGUGGAUCCGGGGGGAAUCGAACCCACAACCUGAGCCACCACCGACCUUUUUCUUGGUGACAGGGCGGAGGACUACAGACUGCUGCCGGCCCAUCGAUCCACGGCACAUGAUGGAUCACAUGAUGGAUCACAUGAUGGAUCACAUGACCCUCUACAGACCACGAAGAGGCGACAAGGAAAGAGAAGAUUCCUCAGAGACAACAUCAGAUGGUUUUGAUGAAAACUUUCUUGCUCGGUUCCAUUUUUCUUGUGAACAGUUCGAAUCUCACACGAUCAGCACAGUGACGGGAGGUUUCAUGUUCUGAUCAGAUUCACUCAGAACGGCCGCGUGUUUUUAAACAAACUGCAUCUCCGAGUCGUUCACCCAAGACGUGAAGAGAGAAACGUUCAGCUCCAUCUGUCGGAGCUUCUCAGACAAAAUGUGAAGCACUUUCUGACCAGGCUGCUUUUAUAAAAGCUAUAAUUAUGAUUAAUAAAUCCUUUACCAAGCAUUUCAUUCAAACAAAUAUUUGCCAAUUUGGGAUAAAUCCUCCAUAUACAAGAUAUUUUUUCUUUUUAUCUCUAAGGUUUUUUAAUAACCAUCAUUAAAUUUUAUUUUUCUCUUACACACUAAACGAUAGAGACACAGAACAGUUCCCACAAGAAGUAUUUAAAAAUCUUUUUAUAAAUAUUUACAGCUGCAGAAUUAUUAACUUUGACUGUUGAUGUAGAAUCGUCUGAAUGUGGAAAGAAAAGUAAAUAUGUAAUGUUGAUGAUCAGAGUUCUGUUGUUUGAAUGAAUCUGGGUAAAACCUUUUUGAUAAUCAGUAUAUAAACUAUAAAUAACUGAACAUUAGUGGAAAAUGCUGUGUAAGAAAAUAACCAAUAAGUUAAAAAAAGAAAUAUUAAACAUGAAUAACCAAUUAAAAUAAAUGUCCCAUAAUAGUCUUUUAUAAACCUUUAAUGCUUUGGCGUAUCAGUGUUUUUCUAGUCAAUUAUAAACUAUACUGUUACGUGUAACACACUUUCCAAUAAGUCUCGAGUUCUGCAGCUGUAAAUGUUGAGAAUUAAUUGAAUCACCUGAAGUUAUAAAUGUUAAUGACUCAUUUAUAAAAGCAGGAGAGUUUCUGGAGGCUCCAGGUGAGUCACAGGAGUCGUACAACAAACACUCAUGAUUCAUUCUGUUGAUGUGGUCAAAAAGACAAAGUGUCACACGAAAGGAGGAUUUUAUUUCUUCUUGUAACUGAGCUAUGGAGAGUUUGAAAACGAUAAAUUAAUCAUGAGUGAAUCUGUUGAUUAAAGCUCGUAAACUAUCAUCAGGAAGUUGAAAAACAAACAAACCAUGUUACAAGAUUCAGCUUUUGUCAUUAAACAGUUUCCUCCUGUCCAGGGGCCAGACGCACAAUACAUUCACAACAAAAUCACACAAGUCGGAGAUACUUGCACACACGUUUUUCCCCCCUGAAACUCUUGUUUGAUUAUGAUUUUAUCUCUUAAGUGAAAAUAUCUUGUUGUAUAAUGAAAAACAUCUUGAACUUCUCACAAUAUAACAUGAUGCUGAUAAAUAUAAUUACGUUUUUUAAAGUCAAACAAAGAAACUGAAUAACAGCUUGGAAAUCAAAUCAAAUUUUUCCUUCUUUUCUUAGUUAAAAAAACAUCGGAAAAGCUGAAGAGUCAGUUUCAGCAUUUUUUAGAAUAUGAUUGUUUUAUUGUUUUGGGCGAAAUAAUCAUUUUCUUAUUUGUGCCUUUAAUCGUCUCAUAAGUCACAGCAACCAUGGAGAUUGGGAGUUUAUGAUUCGUCCUAAAUAAAUAAUCAGUCUUGAUUAAAUUCCAUCUCAGGACGCUCAAAUUCUUCUUCUUCACAAAUGUAUAUAAAGUUUGUGUCGGCAUCAUUCACACGUCUGACCCCUGGAUUCAGUCUUUUCACGCUCAGAAACAAAAAACUAUCAAAGGAAGAGUUUACAGAAGCUGAUGGGAACAUUUUUGGAGAAUAAACAGAGUCAGAUUCUGCUCAGAUUAGAAAACUCCUUCUGCGUUGGAAGAAAUUAUAUUUAAUUAUAUUUACAGAAACAUCCUUGAGUUUGUAAAGUCACGUCUCAAUUCGGUGUCUCAUCACUUAAGUGCCUUUCAGGGUCUUUCUACCUGUGUUUGUUUGCCUCAGUUAAUUUUUUUUUAUUUAUGGGGGCGGGGGCUUCACCAUUGUUUUUUAACGCAUAUUUAAGCUUAUUUUGUACUUGUACACUGUCUGGUGCUACUCUGAGAAUGUUCAAACUUUUAUUCAUCCAAAAUGUAUAUAAAAGAAGCAUUUUGCUUUGCUGCUGCUUUUACUUUGAAACAUUCAAAGCAACGUGAUCGUAAAAAAACAACACUGGAGAAAGAUAUAUGUUCAGAGAAAUAUUUAUGGAAAAUACAUAGAUGUUAUUUAUGAGAGUGUGGAUGAGUUUUUGUGUCUGAACUGUUGAAUAUUAACUGUUGUGAAAAGUGUCAAAGAGUCUGUUUGUGUUGAGAUAAACAGAGA